AUGCUCCAGGACAGCCAGGCAGACAAGAAGCUGAGGUUGGAGACCAGGGAGGACAAAUCCCAAGGGCAGAACCUUGUGGAAGAGGCCAUUUUGAGUGGCUCCACUGUGCAGGAAUCCAAUGGGAAGGAAAAGCCCCAGAGAUCCGGCAAGAGGAGGGCUUCCAAACCCAUCCCAGGGUGCUUGGAGAUGGGAAGACCCAGCCUGUGCCGGGAAGAUGGACAGAGCUUCAGGCAGAGCUCACACCUGAUCCAGCACCAGAUGAUCCAAACUGGGGAUUGGCCCUAUAAGUGUGGGGAAUGUGGGAAGGGCUUCAAGAACAACUCCACCCUUGUGACCCACCGGUGCAUCCAUACCGGGGAGAGGCUCUACGAGUGUGCAGAGUGCAGGAAGAACUUCCGCCAGAAAUCCCUCUUGAUCCGUCACCUGAAGAUCCACAGCACAGAAGGGCCCUACAAGUGUGAGCAAUGUGGGAAGAGCUUCAGCCAGCGAUCCCACCUGAUCUGCCACCAGAGGAUCCACACCGGGGAUAGGCCCUGCAAGUGUGAGGAAUGUGGGAUGAGCUUCAGCCAGAUCUCCAGCCUGAUCAUACACCAGAGGAUCCACACUGGGGAGAGGCCCUAUAAGUGUGGGGAAUGUGGGAAGGGCUUCAGGCAGAGCUCCGGCCUGAUCCGCCACCAGAGGAUCCACACCAGGGAACGGCCCUACAAGUGUGAGCAAUGUGGGAAGAGCUUCAGCCAGAACUUCCACCUGAUCUGCCACCAGAGGAUCCACACUGGGGAGAGGCCCUACAAGUGUGGGGAAUGCGGGAAGGGCUUCAGCCAGAGCUCCAUCCUGAUCCGCCACCAGAGGAUCCACACCAGAGAACGGCCCUACCAGUGUGAGCAAUGUGGGAAGAGCUUCAGCCGAUACUCCCACUUGAUCCACCACCAGAAUAUCCAUGCUGAGAAAAGGCCCUACAAGUGUGGGGAAUGCAAGAAGGGCUUCAACCAGAAGUUCCAUCUGGCCAUCCAUCAAAAGAUCCACACUGGGGAGAGACCUGACAAGUGUCCCAAGUUUUCUGGUGACCGCGGCAGGACUCCGAAGGUUGCUGGGGCGGUUCGCGAGGUGAUCUACUCCACGCCGGCACCAGGUGAUUUCUGGGGAGACAUCAACUCGUGCCCGACCCCGCGCCUGUCGGACAACUACGAGUGCCGGCUGGCCAGGAUGCCUGUGAGCGGUAGCGGCAACGGUGCUGCUAAUACAAGAAGCAAGGAAGCUGACUUUGGGAAGGAAGCUGGAAGUAUAUGUGCCCCAUAUGCUAAAGGAAAUCCGGCGGAUUCCUACAUGAAAGAUGAGCCUCCAUACCUACCAGAUGACGUGAAGUUGGCCCACCUGGUGAAAGCUCAGAAGAAUGACAAAGGGUGGUAUGUAACAGCAACCGGGCAGGUGGUAGUACCUGCGAAGAUAAUGCGAGCAAUCUUGGAGACUGAACAUUACAAGUGCCACUGGGGAGCGGAGGCCUUGUGGAACCGCCCGCUACCACUAGAGAACUCAGUUCAUGACAUCUCGCCGGGAGACCAUGUGUACGUGAAAAAUUGGAGCGUGGAGCCUCUGAAGGAGUCAUGGAAUGGCCCCUACCAAGUGCUGAUGACCACGUAUACCGCCGUCAAGGUCGCUGGGAUUGAUAACUGGAUACACUACACCAGGGUGAAGAAG